UGGUAAGAGCACUGUGACAACAACCCUCGCUCUCACUCAUUCACUAGCUACCUCAAGCUCUGCUCUCCACUGCCCGCCGCUGCUGCCUUUCACCUCCGCCUCGCCUUCCGGCAACGCAGCUCACUUGGCAUCCUCUCCGGCAACGCACCUCCCCCUCUCACCACGGCGGCUCCCGCCCGGAUCUGAACCAGCCGCCUCCGGACAGCAGCAGUGAUCUAGGCAGGCGGCAUCCAUCAUUCCAUCUACCUUGGCACGACGAUGUACCUUCCCUAACUUUGGUUUGGUUGACCACACAGGAACAGCUACACACUUCCCUGGCCUGCUGUGCUGAGAUUGCGGCUCAACCCCCCAGCAGCAGCAGCAGCAGCUAGGUACAGCAGUAGUAGGCAGGCGGGCGGGCGGCAGCGGCAUCCGUUGCCGGCACCCAUUUGUGCAGAAAGGCAGGCAGCAUCCAUCACCACACCAGAGCGCUUGCGCCAACGCCAAGAAAAAAAUGGCCGAUGCCGCCCUCAGGGCGGCACAAUGGGUGGUGGGCAAGGCGCUGGCCCCCGUCGCGGAUGGCUUGCUGGGGGCUUGGGCAGCGACCAACAACUUUGGCCCCAACGUCGACGCCCUCAGCACCGAACUUCUGCUCGUCAAGGCCACGCUCGAGCAAGCUUCUCUCAAGGAGCUUGACGGGCGGGCCAUGGAGAUGCUGCUUCAGAAGCUGCGGGACUCGGCGCACAAUGCCGAAGACUUGUUGGACGAGCUGGACUACUUCCGCAUCCACGAUGCGCUCCAUAACACGGACGAUGCCGCAGGCGAGCACGGCAAGGGUUACAUCCGCGACCUUGCCUUCAACGCUCGCCACACCGCCAAAGCUGUCGGCAAGCAGGUCAACUGUUGCCCUUGGCAGCGUGCUAAACACCGGCAGAGUUCCCAAGGAGAUUCCUCCUCGGCAACAGACGCCAAUCAGGAGGUCAGCGGAUGCAUGCCCAAGCUGAUCGCCAAACUGCUCCCUUGCUCAUCUUCCCCGCAUCCACAUGUUAGCGCUGAUGAACAAGACCAUGGCAAUGCACACAAAACACCAAAGCUUGACUUUAAUAGGGCUGAUUUCUCUCAAAGGAUGAAGGACAUUGUAGAGAAACUGCAGCCUGUGCGUAAGGAUGUUAAUGAGAUUCUGCAAGGUUGUGGCGCUAGAAUUGCUCUAGACAUUGCCCAGCAUCGUCCCACCACCACACCCCAAAGUGCAGAGCCAGAACUGUAUGGGAGGGUCCGUGUCAUGAAUAGCAUCAUACAUGAUAUCACUGAGGGUCAAUACUGUGACAAGGGUCUAACCGUGCUACCGGUUGUUGGUCCAGGGGGAAUGGGGAAGACAACUCUGAUACAACACAUAUAUCACAACCAACAAGUGCAGAAUCAUUUUCCAGUCAGGAUUUGGAUAUGCGUAUCCUUCAAUUUCAACCUCGAUAAGGUGCUACAAGAGAUUAAAAGAUAUACCCUUCCUGUUGAAGGUGAAAAUGGGUGUAGUACAACACAAGAGUUGAUUGAACACAGGUUGAAAUACAAAAGAUUCUUACUUGUAUUGGAUGAUAUAUGGCAGUUUACUGAUGUGGAUGACUGGAAAAAACUAUUGUUGAUACUCAGCAAGUCACAAGAAAAUGGUUCCAUGAUUCUAGUAACAACUCGUUUUCAAGAAAUAGCAAAAAAGGUUAGAGCAAUUGGCAAUUCAAUACAACUGAACGGUUUGGAACCUGAAGAGUUUAGGAAGUUAUUCCUUGUAUAUGUCUUUGAUGAUGGGCAAUGUCCAGGGAAUAAAGUUCAUUUGCUAAAUAAGAUAAUGGAAAAACUUAAGGGCUCCCCUCUUGCAGCAAAGACUGUUGGUAGAUUACUGAGGACAGACCCUAGUAUGAGUCACUGGAGAAGGGUCCUAAACAGUGAAGAAUGGGAGACCGAUAACAAUGGAAUUAUGUCUGCCUUGAAGCUUAGCUAUGACUUUCUCCCUUUCAAUCUGCAACGGUGUUUUCUCUAUUCUGCAUUAUUUCCUGAAGAUUACCAUUUCAGAAGCCGUGAGCUCAUCAGCCUAUGGGUCGGACUAGAUAUUUUGACACCUUGUAGUCAAAACACAACCUUUGAAGGUGGUCUGAGAAUUUUAAAUGAUUUAGUCAUCCAUGGAUUUUUCAGGGAAGAGGAGAACGUUGGUGAACCACGGUAUGUCAUGCAUGACCUACUGCAUGAGUUGGCAUUGAAGGUUGCAUCGAAUGAUUGUCUUAGUUUACGUCUCCCUAAUGUUGGAUCAGUUAAAAUUCAGCCAACAACCCGACACUUGUCUAUAAGCACAGAGAACUUGCAUGAAUAUGAUGCAGUGUCUGGUGAAAAAUUAAAGAGUGAAUUGGAAAAACUGAAGACAGUAUUGAAGGUUGAACAUUUGCAAACACUGAUGUUAUUCGGAGAAAUUGAUGAAGGUUUUGUCAAGAUAUUUGGUGAUUUUUUGGGGGAAGCGAACGCUCUUCGUCUUCUUCAUUUUCCCAAAAUGCUUUGUCCCGUGGAGUCCAUGUUACAAAACUUUUCAGGACUUUUUCACCUACGAUACCUAUGUCUCGGGACAAAGGAGCGGCAGAUGCAUUUACCACUUAGCAUAUCUAAAUUUUAUCAUUUAAGGAUUCUAGAUCUUGAUUUGUGGGAUGGUAGCCGUGAUUUGCCCGAAAACAUGAGCAACCUUGCCAAGUUGUGCCAUUUUUAUGUCCCAAGUGAUGAUCAGCUUCAUUCUGAUAUUCAUAAUGUGGGAAGACUUAAACUCUUAGAAGAGUUAAAGGUAUUUCAAGUCAAAAAAAAAGGUGAAGGAUUUGAACCAAAGCAACUAGAGCAUUUAAGCAAGCUCAGGGAGCUUGGCAUCUACAACCUUGAGAAAAUACACACAGAAGAAGAAGCAGCUCAUGCAAAACUGAUAGAGAAAAACUACCUGAGGAGGUUAACAUUGGAUUGGGAUAGUAAGCGAUCUACUGUUGAGCCUGGUGUGGAAGCAGCGGUUCUUGAGAGACUUCAGCCACAUGGAGAUCUUCAGGUGUUGUGCAUUAGAGGGCAUGGAGGUCCGUCUUGUCCAACAUGGCUGGGCGAUGAGUUUGCUGUUGAGGCUCUACAAUCUCUUUAUCUGGAUGGUGUUUCUUGGGAAGUUUUCCCUUCUUUAGGGAAGGCGUGGGAUCUUCAUGAAAUAAGGUUGGAGGAUAUUGCGAGACCGAAGGAGUUUAUCAUAGAGGAAUGCUUUUGCAGGCUAACACAACUUACACUCAUUGGCCUUGGAAGUUUUCAAAAAUGGGUUUACACAGGUGAACAAGAGUCUUCCAUGGAUGGAGAGUUGUUGCCACCAGAUUCUCAUAUGUUCCCCCUUUUGCAAGUUCUGAUUAUUAGAGAGUGCCCGAGACUGUUGGGGUUGCCUUUCCCAAACCACAUUGUUUCCCCGGAUUGGUUCCCCAAGCUACAAGAGCUUGAGGUAACCGACUGUCGAGUAUUCUCGUCAGUGGUUCUCAUCUCCUGGAUUGAAAGUCUGCAUCAUGUCGAGAUGAAAAAUGUAAAGCUACUAAAGAGUUUUAGGUACUCAAAAUCAUGGAUUUGUGCAGGAUUGGAGAUUAUUGGAGAGGCUGAUUUGCAUAACAUAGACCAAGUGUUAGUUUUUGAUAAAGAAACAGAUGUAGAGAAGCUGACACUGGAAAAGUGCCCACCUCUGGAGUUGAAGCACCUUCUGAUGCUAACCUCGCUGAAGACACUGUUUGUAAAAAGUUCAGUUGGUCUAGUUGGACCACUAGGAGGAGGUCAGAGUGAUGUGGAAUGGCAGCUCCCUGUUGAGCAUAUCUGGAUCUCGGACUUAAAUGGUAAUAGUGGCGAGGAACUGACAGAGCUCCUCCGCCACCUCCCAAAUCUCUCCAAAUUGCAAAUAUGGACAUGUAAAAAUAUAAAAAAGCUGGUAGUGGGGGUGGAUGUGCAACAAACAACAUCAGAAGCAUCAGAGAUGGGGGGAGGUGAAAUUACAGCAGCAGCAGCAGAUGAAGAGGAUGAUGGAGUGUUGCUCUUCCCAGCUCAUCUCAGUGACUCACUACAGGAAUUGUUGUUCAAUGGCUGCUCAGAGUUGGUCCUGGUGGAUCCGCCAACUCUUGUUCCUGGAGGAGGAGCGCUACAAGCCUUGCGAUCCCUCAAGAGAUUAACAAUACGGGGGUUCCCAAAGAUUCUAUCCACUUUCUCCUUUUCCUGUCACAUUUUCCCUUCCUCCCUGCAGUCUCUGGAGCUUUGGGAUGUGCAAGGCAUGGGGACACUGGAGCCCCUCUCAAACCUCUCUUCUCUCACCAUAUUAGAAUUGUAUAGUUGUGGAGAGGAUCUGAAAUGUCAGGGCUUGUGGUCUCUCCUUACCACCGGGGGCCAGCUCAAAGAAUUAACAGUCACUCGCAGCCCUAGAUUCUUUGCUGGUUGGGAUCCCAAUCCUAGACGGGCUUUGGAGGUUGCUGAGGGAGGUGAAGAGCAGCAGACACAGCUUGUUUCAUCCACACUGCAGGAGCUCUCGACAGAUGACAUAGCAGGACUCCUUGCUGCACCCGUCUGCAGAUUCCUCUCUUCCUCCGUCACCAAGCUGGCACUUUAUGGGCAUGUCUCUCGUGGGAUGGAGCGGUUCAGCAAGGAGCAAGAGGACGCCCUUCAGCUCCUCUCCUCCCUCCAGGAGCUAGUGUUUUGGUGUUUCAAGGACCUUCAACAACUCCCUGCAGGGCUGCGUAACCUUACCAGCCUCAAGAUAUUAUCAGUAAAACUCUGUCCAGCCAUCUCGUCAUUGCCCAACAAUACCCUCUCGGAUUCACUGAAACAGCUGAAUGUCUAUAAAUGCACCGAGGAGCUAGAACAGUACUGUAGGGGAUUGGAGGGAACCAAGGGCUUUGCAUUCGAGUUCUAUUCUACACUCUUCUAGCCUUGUAGAUCUCUUCCCUUCCCAUACAAACACAUGCAUGCAUGACACAAGGGCCCUGAUCUUGUGUUUGUUCGAUCUUAUAGGCUUCUUCAUAUUUUGCAUUUAAAUUUGGGUUAUUGUUAUUCAUCAAGACGUGGCAGUCUACUCCCCUAUUUUAGGUGUCACGAUCAAAAUAGCAGUAGGACACCAGUAUGGAAUAAAUGAGACUUCGGGUCAAGCUACUUAUAUUAA